AUGGAUGAUACAAUUUAUAACUUCACAAGGUUAUUCAAUAAAACCUUGACUAUAUUUAAUGAUAAUUUUAACAAUCGUGUUGAUGUGUAUGAAGACAGAUGUAGUAGUUUUAUUUCUGAGAAUAGUAUAUCCGAUAGUUCUUUUAUAUCUUAUUGUAAAAAAUUUAUGAGAUACCUAGAAUAUAUAGAUGAAGAAAAUACUUCUGAAGGAAAUGAUAUUUACCUUAAUAGAGCACAAGCCAUUUUAUAUUUAUACAUUUGGAUAAAUGAUAAUGAAUUAUUCGGGUCGAAUUAUAAGGUCUCCUUAGAUAUUUACAGAAAAUUGUUGAAGUCAUACGACGUUAAAUCAAAUUCCAUAAUGAAAGUUAUCUACGAUAUCUUCAUUAGAAAUAAUAUAACUGAAAAUUUAAAAUUGAUAUAUAAUUUAUAUUAUAAAUUUGAUCAGUUAAAAAAUAAUAAUGAGUGUCAAAGUAAGAAGUGCAAAUGCGUUCAAGAAUGUGUUCAUUUAUAUACGCAAGUUUUAAACGAUUGCAAUAGAGAUGUAAAUGCAGAUUACUGUAAUGAAUUAGAAAUAUUUAGACAAAUUUACCAUUCUCAUAUGAAAGAUGACACUGAGUGCGAUGUAAAAUACAAAUAUCUACCAUCCCCCAUAAAGUCUAAUAUAGCACUGAUUUCAGUUCCAGUUGCUAUAAUAUUAAUAACUUCUAUAUUAUUUCUACUUUAUAAGGUUUGUAACAAUUUAAUAUUAAUGUAUGUAUAUUAUACAUUUUAA